UGGCUGUGUGUCUACAACUCUCUCAGCCCACCCACUGUUUAUAGGACGUCUCGUACAUUACUUCCUUCCUUGCACUGAGAAGACAAUCUUAACCGAGAGAGCGCUCACCAUGGCAGCUAAUAACGAUUACAGGAGCUACUUGCGGAACCCCAACGACAUUGAGGGAGGUCAGCCCCGCUUCCCCCAUUCGCAGACCUCGGAACCGACAUACCGACCACUUCUGUUUGGAACGCUUGCUGUAAUGGGACUGCUACAGGUCGCAUCGAGUGUGGCAAUAUUGUUGCACUUGACAGGUUAUCUCCAUGAGGUAGAUCUCUCCUCAGUUUCGCAUCGACCAAUGGAGGAAGUGCAGACAGAGCCGAUCAUUGCAGAUGCACUGAAGGAUCCAAGGAAAGGCAGACGGUGCAAGGCCCAAGCAAAGGAAGGACUCCCAUUCGCCCAUCUACCUAUCAUACCAAACAAAAACAGUGACACAGUCAAGUCUGACCUGCACGUACGGCAUCUGACCGCUACUGUCGUCACGAUUCCAGACUCAAAGGUUCACACGGCUAUGAUCCACUGGGACCAAUCCCAGGGCAACCUGGAGAGGAUGAACUACCACAACGGGCGCCUCAUCGUGGAGAAGGAGGGCCUCUACUACAUCUAUGCCAAGACCUGCUUCCGCUACCUCAAAACGGAGGUGCCGCCCGUAAACAUGAGCAACCUUCAGCUCAUGCAGUACAUCUCCCACGAGAAGCACACCUCACAGAACGUCGAUCCCGUUCAACUGAUGAAGACGGGCAGCACCGUGCGCUGGGACGACACCGAGUACAACAUGUACUGUGCCCAGCAGGGCCUGGCUAUGACGUUGAAGCAAGGGGACAGCCUCUUUGUGGAAGUGUCCAAUAUCAGGUUUCUGGACCCAGACUCUCAGGGGACGUACUUUGGGGUGAUGAUGUUGAGCAAUUGCGAGGUCUGACCGAAGGGAGGAUGUGCUACUGAACGUAAAUAUGUACAUCUUACUGCAAAUUAACCACUGAGGGAGCACUUGCUACGUGCAAGAGCACUGAAUUUUGUUUUGUUUUGUUGAUAUAAUGUAUAUUUUCGAUUGAGAUCUUUUAUUCUAUAUCACUCUUCAUCAGAUAGUUUCAUUCUCUUUUUGUCCAAAAAGAGAAACAGGACUUGUGGAUAUUCAGGUGAGGUGUGAAUACCACUACCUACUCAAUAAACCCUUAGCAAAUCUCAUCUGAGCACAAUUAGUUUUGUUCAAUGGCAUUUUGAUACAUUUGCAAAAUGCCGUCCAUUCCAUUUGAAAAAAUGUAGCGAGCAAAAUUAAGAAUGCUUGUAUACUUCCAUUUAAAUUCCCCUUGCUUGGCGUAAGAGGGCAUGGAUAACUUUCUCCAGAUAUGCCAGACCUUCAGUGGAGGAUGAACUGUGCUUGUUUAUCACCAAGUUUCAGGAAGUCAUCCGUCAUAUCUAGUAUAUACUAUAAUAGUUUAGUUUACUAAACGUUGUCAUGGUUAUAAAAACACAGCUGUGACUUCAUGUCCCUGGUAGUGAGUGCUGGUGAGUAGACAGCAGUCUGGUUGUCAGUAGUAACCUACAGAGGCUGUAGAAGUAAAACAUUUGAAAUUCAGCAGUCAACUGUUGCAUGACUGAAUAUUUGCUGAUAGACAGCCAGAAAUGGAUUGGUGAACAGUUGCUCUAUAGUACACACAGUUCCGUGACAUAGUACUUCACUGCUAUUUCUGUUUUCCAAGAAAAUAUACAUUGAACAGUAUAUCAAUAAUUGCAUUGGUUGUGUCUAUAUUUCACUGGUAAAAACUGAACGACACCUUGUAGUGUGAAUGGCACAUCAUCUGGAUGUCUGAAGUUUUGGGAUGUUUUUGUCCCUAUUGCAGUGGUGUCCACCUAUUCACCCAAUGUAAGUACUAAUCUGAUGGGAGUAGUGGUAUUCAAAGUACACAAGCAAGUUAUCAAUACAUCAGAUAGCUGGACUGUCUGACCAAACAAGCAAACAAGAAGAGAGAUUAUUGUCUUAUGAAACUAGUGGAACCAAAUCGACUUUGGAUCCAUCUUUAAUUUAAACCUCCUUUUUUUCAUUUGACUCUUUACUGAGGUAAAUGGGAAUAUGCACAAAAUGUAUUUAUUUAUUAGAUGUCAAAGAUGGAUCAUUGUUACAAUGAUCAGUCAACUGUAAAUCAAUAUUUUGUAUUGCAUUUUGCAGCAUUUAGAUCCUUAGUAGAUGCGCUUUUCCAUUGAAACACAGGGGCUCAAUAUUAGAUUAAAUAUUUAUGUACAUUUGUUCUCUGACAAUUCUGUGUGCUCUUGCCUAGCGAAAGCAGAAUAUACUUUUCUUGCCAUAAGAUUGUAGCAAACUUAAAGAAAAACAUUUUUCAUCUUGUAUUUGUUUAUUUAUAUCAGUUUAACAAAUAAAACAAUUACUUU